AUGGAUGAUGUAGAGGGUCUCUCUGCACCGAUGGAGGUCAUACCUAUGGAGGACGUAGAGGGUCUCUCUGCACCGGUGGAGGUCAUACCUAUGGAUGAUGUAGAGGGUCUCUCUGCACCGGUGGAGGUCAUACCUAUGGAUGAUGUAGAGGGUCUCUCUGCACCGGUGGAGGUCAUACCUAUGGAUGAUGUAGAGGGUCUCUCUGCACCGGUGGAGGUCAUACCUAUGGAUGAUGUAGAGGGUCUCUCUGCACCGGUGGAGGUCAUACCUAUGGAUGAUAUAGAGGGUCUCUCUGCACCGGUGGAGGUCAUACCUAUGGAUGAUGUAGAGGGUCUCUCUGCACCGGUGGAGGUCAUACCUAUGGAUGAUGUAGAGGGUCUCUCUGCACCGAUGGAGGUCAUACCUAUGGAUGAUGUAUAG